AUGACGAUGCACAAAUAUCGGUUCUGUCAACGCAUAUUAUCCCUAGCACUCGGGUUCCCAGUCUUCCUCUCCACAAUAUUUGGCCAGCAAGUCAUACCAGCGAGUGAUCUCACACUCGAAGAGCAGACUUACGAUUUUUCACGAGGAAGUCGAUUGAGGCUACUGGCCCAUCAGAGCGUUAUAUUGAACAGCUCAGAUCGCCACCUUCUUGUCAUUGAUGGAGGGUUUGUUGCCUUCGAUCUCUCAAAAGAUAUCAAAACCACGAAUUUACAGCCUGUCUGGCAAUUCCAAAAGCCUAACGAUGGGAAAGCUAAGUUCCAGAUCACGAACCAUGGAGGCCUAUUUAUCUCGGCAGAUCAGAAGAAACUCUGGUACCAUGGUGGUCACUUCUAUAAUGCUGGCGGCUGGAAUGAGAGCUUGUAUCAUGUGGACAAACCCGAUAUCCCAGAAUGGCAAUUGUGGGAGCUAGACCUUACAAAUCACCUUCAAAAACCUAAUGGCUGGCUCGAUGUCACGGAUGAGGUCGUUGCACAUGAAAAAGUGAAUCGUACCUUUGCCAGCGCCAGUACAUCAGUGCCACGCAUACGCAAGAGCUUCUGGAUUGGUGGGGCAUCAACACCACGUACAUCCAGAACAACACCCAUUGACAGAUUUGAGGCCACCUCACAAAUGCUUGUCUUUGAUGAAACCACCAGAGAGAUUUCGUCCUCGACUUACCCGGGGUCACGGCCAGGCAGUAGAGACUAUGGCUACUAUCAUGGGAAGCUUCUUCACCUUCCCAUUGGCUCCGGGGCCGGGUAUUUGCUAUCUCUGAUGUCUCUUGCCGCACCUGCCUACGAAUCAUGGGUGGAUCCCGACGGUGAUGGUGGAAAUCGCGAGGAUAUCGUGCCUCCUGUGACCAAUGUGUCUUGGAAGACGAUUCCUCUCUACGACCUGGAAAAAGAAAGAUGGAUUACUCAAGAAACGUUGUAUUUCGAAGACGAGCUGCCAGAGCCACGGACUCGUUUUUGUGCAGCCCUAUUCCACAACGAGAUGAACAACACUUGGGAUGUUUGGGUGCAUGGCGGGCAGCGUCCAACUGAAAAUGAGACCGCAACUACAGCCAUCUACGUAUUGUCGAUGCCGAGCUUCAUUUGGAAACGGAUGGAGCCACUUUUUCCCGAGUUGAACGAGAUUCGGAGCCAUACCUGUCAUGCGGUGGGAGACCAGCUCCUCAUCGUAGGUGGUUACCCAGCUGGGCAGACCGUGCUACGGGACACAUACAUUGAUGAUCAGUACAUCAAGGUACUGAAAAUCGGAGACACCUUGAAUUGGGCUGAUACUUACCAGCCAGGAACGACGUAUCAAACACCUGAUGACGUUCAGCGAGCAGCGAGAGGUCAGGAACCGUUUUAUCCGUGGGCGGACGACAGAUUGAGGGAAGCAUUUGCAUACGAGCAACAAGCUACUAUUUCGUCGAAUACUUCGACUCAAACUACCUCGACGACAGAUACUGCAUCGUCCAGUAAGACUGCGACAUCUGUUGAGCCUUCAAUUUUAUCAGAUCUCACUGAGUCCUCAUUUUCACCGGCAGCCAUUGCUGGAUGUGUUGUUGGUGGAGUACUUGGUUUAUUAGCCGUCUUAUUAGCACUGUGGGGUUUAAGGAAGCACCGGCGAGCUAAGAGAGCCCAUUAUGCAGCCAAAAUGAAGGGCAAUGACCCACGAUCGCCGCUGUAUGGUCAGCCUGAAGCGAUCAAGGAUGGGAGCUUACAGCCCUCGGCCGCAGUGGUGCAAACAGGAGAGUCACCCGCUCAGGAUAUGCCUGGCGGUGGUAGCGGACAGAGAGAGCAUGAGUUGGAAGGAUCGACACCUGACGAGCAUGUGGGCAUGAGACAACGGAGUAUUUAA